CGGCGGCGGGGUCGGGAUGGCGCAGCCCGCCGAGGCCUCGGGCCACACAGCGACCGCCAGCGCCAGUAUGGACAACAACGUCCUGGCCAUCGUUAUCGCCGCCACCGUGUCCACCUCCGUCUUCAUCGUGGCAGUCCUCAUCCUGCUGCUGCUCUUGUACCACCGGGACCCCAUGUGCUGCCGGUUCCUCUGCUCCUGCCGCCUGUUCCAGACCCCCAGCCAGUAUGACCGCCCCCCACCCUACUUCAGCAGCAGCCAGCAGCUGGUGGGACCCCAGCGUGGAGCCUCACGGCUGGAGAGCACUGCUGAGAACCCCGGCAUGCAGGGAGAUGAGCUCUUCUGUGUUGGACCCCCAAGCACGUACCAGCUGCCAUCCUGGGAGCAGCCCCGCCUGCCCAGCUACGAGAGCGUGCGGAAGAAAGAUCGCCAGCGGGAAAUCCAUCAGAUGAUUGCUGACAGGUUUGGGCUGUGGGCUGAGCCAUCUCAAGAGAUGCCACCUCCUUAUGAGCAUGCUCUGAGGCACCCUCCAGCCUUCUCAGGAACAGGAAUAAGCUCAGAGACCUUGGACAGACAUGGUGUUCCAGACCCUUUCCAUGCCCCCCUCAGCUACCAAACUCAGCGAAACACAGCGGUGUAAGGCCUUGGCCUCAGUGUACUGCUGCUUCCCGUGCUGUCAGCAACAGAAGUGCCUGGGAUGCCAUCUUCAUCCACAGGGAAUGGCCAGACCUUCACCCAGAUCCACAAUCUGCUGAGACACAGGCAAGCCCAACCCAGCCAUCAGUGACAUCCCUCUUGGAGCACAAGAACAACCACAAAGCCGUUGCUGGGUACUGCACUGAGCAGAGGAACCAGGGACAUCUGCUCAUUCUUCUCACAAAGCCAUUGCUGGGUACUGCACUGAGCAGAGGAACCAGGGACAUCUGCUUAUUCUUCUCUGGCAAACACCAAAGGCAAAGGUCCAGCUGCUGGAGCUGCACAGGGCAAAGCCAAGGGAAAGGUCUGCUAGGCCAGAGCUCCUCAGGAGCAGCAUUUCAUACCUCUGUGAGGCAGCACUGCUGGCUGUACAAAGGAUCAGACCUUAGGCACUGGUGGUGUCGUGCUGCUUCACCUGUUUCUUAGGGUUAUCAAGUGUUUUCUAUCUGGAUUGCCUGCCAGGUGGAAAUCCUCAACUGUGCAUGGCAGAAGGGAUUUGCUGUGGAGCAUCUGGCACCAGCAGCCUUCUGUGACAGUGGUUCUGUACAGACCCCACAUGGAUUUGGAUGGGCUCCAUGGGUUAUACCCAAACACAGACCACCAAGAUGAACCAUGGGACUGCAUUUGCAGGCUGGGAAAGGACAGAUGCAUGGACUGAACAGCUGGAGGUCUACAUGAAGACUGUGAUGCACAGGUGGACACGUGUGGCUGACCUAAUUCACCUGGUCUUCUGCAGAGCAGAAGAAUUGUCUAAAUAAUGUCAACACCGGUGUCCUUACACUACUGAUUUUGAUAACCUGUUUUCUACUGCAGAGUCAAUGUUUCAGAUUGUUUACAAACCUGUAGAUAAAAGGAGAUCAGUUUGGGCACAAGGCAUUGGGGCUCCUUUAUUUUGAGCAAUACAAGCUCAAAACAUCAUGUAAUGACUCAAAGAUAAAAAGGAUGAAUAUCCUGGAUAAUUCUUUAUCAUAUACCUCCAGCUACUGAGCUUCAAACACCAGCCCAGAUUUGGGCAUCUUGCCAGGCCCCAUGAACUUAAUAAUGAGUUAGGCCUGUGAACUUGCCUCACAUGGCCACUGAAUGGAACACUCAGAUAUUUAAGUUAAUCAUUGAGGUAAGGUAGAGGAAAAAAUCCAGCUUCCGGGUACACAGCAUUAGGUGCAUGUGGAAAAGGAUCUGUUCUGCAGUACUGUGAAUUAAGGUACAAACAGAACUAAAUGACUAAAAA